CGUUUUCCCCAGAUCCCAUUACCCGCUAACUUUACUUUGCUACUUACGGCAUGCGCCCACCAAAAAGGGUCUUCACACGAGAAGUCCGACUGUUAAUGUAUGGAUUUGGAGAUGUUGCUCAUCCCUCGCAAGAUUCUGUAGAGCUAAUGGAAGAAAUGCUCACAACAUAUAUAUCCGACAUGUGCGAAAAAGUACAGUCUAUCAACCCAAAACCCAAAACAGCCGAUUUUCUUCAUGUGCUACGAAGAGACCCAAAAAAGAGGGCGAGGGCGCAUGAGCUUUUGGCGUUGGAUAAGGAGCUGAAAAGGGCGAGAACCAUAUUUGACGAUGUGCCAGAGAUGAGUGGGAAGGCCUAAUCGGUGAAUGACGAUCGGUGCGGUGUAACCCGCUGUCCCUGGGCGGCGGAUUCAGAUGGAACUAAUUUAUUGCUUGGCUGCUUUGGCCAUUUUUUUGUAAAUAGAAAUGUUGGCUGCUUUUGCAAAACACUUGCGAUGAUAUCACGAAAUGUCCAGUUGUUAGAGGACUCUAUCAAUCAUUUGGUUUAUGAUUGGUCGACGACAACCUUCUCUA